AUGGACGCUGCUGCUGCUGCAGAGACCCAGCGGACGACGCAGAACUCGGGGAUCAAGGUCCGUCGCCCCCGGGCCGCCCGCGCAUGCGAUCUCUGCAGGGCGAAGAAGAACAAGUGCGAUGAGUUGUAUCCUUGCACCUACUGCAAGAGUAGGUUUGUCCACGACGAUGAUGAAAUCUCUGCCGGCAAAAAUGCCUCAAUAGGAAGAGUUCCUAGGGCUAACCGCGGGAAACUAGAUCGGAAUGCCACAUGUGUCUACAAAGGCCAGGAUAUGUCAAGGAGGCUCUACACUCCAGAAUAUGUGAGACAACUAGAAGAGCAGGUCAAGAGCCUUUCCGCAGUCGCCGAGUCCGUCAAGGCUCAGUCGGUCGAUGACAAUGCCUCAGUCAUCGCCAACGUCCCCGAGAUAUCAGAGGGAUUCUCCCCGGACUGCAGCCUCCGGAGACGGCCAUCGCGGAGCACCGCCGCCGGCUCACCAUCGAACGCCCGGUCACGGAACGCGGCCGGCCAAGAGAUCUCCGGCGUCAACCGGCACACGCGGAACGUUGAGUUCUACGGCAGCUCAUCCUCCGUCGCUCUCCUAUCACACGUCCAACGGACAGGAGAUGAACCAGUCAUCUCCCCGGAUCUUGACUCCGACGCCGGGACUCUUCUUUCAAGCCUGCACAACCCGGCCUUCUCUUCGCCUUCGGCAGACCAAACACAGACGCCCGCAGCCGCCACCGAGCCGAGGUCGGCCGCGAGACCGGUGACGCAUUACCCGCAGUGCCGGCACUUUCUCCAGAGCUUCUUCUCCAGCAUACACUUUGUCCAUCCGAUUCUCGACAAGAAGAUCUUCUUCGACCGGUGCGAGGAGCUGUGGUCGAAGCCGGACGUUGCGCGGGAGCCUUCCAGCUUUAUUGCACUCUAUUACAGCAUAUUGUCGCUGGGCGCACUCAUUGGCGUCCGGGAAGAUGAACCGAUUGAUGGGAUUGAGAACCUGCAGUGGAGCCGGAAGUUCUUUGACGAGGCGAAGAGGCGGUGCGAUCAGCUGGGGAUGGUUACGGACCUGGAAAUGGUUCAAUGCUAUGUCUUCUUGGCCAAAGUGUGCCAGAACGAGCUGAAUGCUCACUGGGCAUACAUGUACGUCGGUCUUGCCGUGAGAACGGCGCUUGCGAUGGGCAUAAAUCGAGAACCCGGACCCGACGUCAAGAAGGAACCGGCUGAGCUCAGAGCCGAGUCAAGAACGUGGUGGGGUCUCUAUUCAUUAGAAACAGAAAUGUCUUUCUCGAUGGGUAGACCAGAUACACUUGGCGCAGAUUUAUAUCACAACCGACUAUUCCCUGUCAUUGGCGAAGCAGACACAGAAUAUUCCGGCAGUCUAGAGCUGGUAGACCCACCCUCAUGCGCCAUCAUCAAAAGUAUGGUAGACUACUCCAAAAUCAUCCGAAGCAUCUGUUUGGGGAUCUAUCUCCCGGAGACGACGGUACCACGAACCGUCCACCUGGCGCACCAAAUCGGCCAGGAUCUGCAGCGAUGGGCGGAAAGUCUGUCUGAGCCUAUCCGCCCUACCACAUCCGUCGAGCCGCGCUCGCUGAAGAGCGUCAAGGAGGCUCAGUGGAUGAAGAGGCAGAGGCUUGUCUUGACUAUGCGGUUUCUCAACAUAAGGAUACUCCUCUUUGGGUCGAUUAUUCUCACGUCAACCUCGGCGGAGCGGGCCUCCAUUCCGGGCUCGCAGGAAGGCAUUCACCUCUGCCUCGAGUCUGCGAAGCAGACCAUUGAAAUCAUCUAUCAGACGUAUCAGCAUCAUGACUUUUUCCGCACAUGGUUUUACAACACAACAUACACUGUCUUCGCAGCAUCCAUGAUCCUAGUUUACGUGACACAAGAAGCGACAGAGCCCGAGGUGCAGCCUCUCUUGAAGUUAGUUGGCAUGGCCAUUGAAAUACUCGAGACCAUGGACGAGUGCGUUGUCGCGCUGAGGUCAGCCAAGUUAUUACACAAGGCCAUCCAGAAGGCGGAGAAAAAGUUUUCCGCGUCGACCCCCGCAGAUCUACAGAUUCCCGCGAUGCCACCGGCUGAUGCCAUGCUCCAACUCAAUCAUUACUGGGGCCCGUUGAACAUUCUCGACAACGAGAUGGACUUUGGGUUCGCAAUGCAGUUCGCGGACUUUGAGGGGACAAAUUCGCUGUUUAUGGCGCUCGAUGAUCCGAGAUCAAUGCAAAACUCCGAACAUCUUGAAGGCUCGCAUGAGCACCGGUCGUGUUUACGAGAUGAUCAUACACAUAAUGACCAAGCCUCAGCUAUUACCAGCGAGACUGGGCCAAUGGGCAAGCCGCCGCACACCACACUAAUGCUGACAACUGAGGGGCGGUAUGUGGGGGGUUUUGGAGAAACCGAUCUGAUCUCGCGGGGAGCCUUGCACUCUUGGAGGAGGGGAGAUUCCGGGGUCGGCGAGAUCGGUCGCCUUUGGCCGACAUUUUUACAUCAUCACAUGGGGAAGUGUGCCAGAGCUGCCAUUGAGGUUUUCUUCAGCAACUGCAACACAUUCUCUAGCGACCUCCAGAUCGAACGAAUCUUCAAAUUACCAUUCACAUUCACAUUCGCCACCAUGGGUUCUCAGGUUGACGACAGAGAUUUCGCGACUUUGCUGUCUGAGCUCACGCUUGAGGAGAAGAUCACUCUCCUGUCUGGCCGUGACUUUUCCACGGCAGCAGGCGUCGCUCGCUUGAACCUUCCUCCCAUCAGAGUAGCAGAUUCGAUCGCCGGCGUGCGCCCCUCAGGGAUCACAGCCGACCUCACAACAGCGUGCUUCCCCAACACAGCCUGCCUUGGAUCGACAUGGGACGCCGAGCUCCUCGGCCGCCUGGGCGAGCGCCUCGCUCACCAAGGCCGUGAGAAGAGCGCUCAAGUCGUCCUAGGCCCGACGAUCAACAUCCACCGAGACCCCCGCGCGGGACGCAACUUUGAGUGCUUCAGCGAGGACCCGUUGCUGUCUGGACAGCUGGCGGGUGCCAUCGUCAACGGUAUUCAGAGCCAGGGUCUCGGGGCCUGCCCCAAGCACUUUGUUUGCAACGAUUCGGAGACGCUGAGACACUUUUACGAUGUUGACGCGUCGCCUGACAGCCGACCGCUGAGGGAGAUUUACAUUGCUGCUUGGCAGCACUUGUUGCGGACUUCAAACCCUACUGUCGACGGCACAUUCUGCAGCGAACACGGUCCCCUCAUCGAAGGCGUCUUGAGAAAGGAGUGGGGUUUCGAGGGCAUCGUCAUGUCCGACUGGUUCGCCGUCCACAACGUGGUCGAGCCUGUCAAGGCCGGUCUCGAUCUUGAGAUGCCCUUCCCCGUAUUCCGAGGCAAGAGACUCGCCGAGGCCGUACGAUCGGGCCAAAUAACCGAGGCGGAGAUCAAUGCCAGGGCGCUCAAGAUGCUGGAGCUGCGAAACCGCACGCGGACCAGCUUCAGCGACGAGCCUGAAAGAUCCGAGAUUAACGAGGAGACGAACAAGAUCUCCAGGGAGCUCGCGGCGAGUGGCAUCAUCCUGCUCAAAAACGAUAACCAGGCCCUGCCCAUCAACCCCGCAGACAAGCCCAAGGUUGCCCUCAUUGGCGAGUUUGCUGGAUCUCCCGUUGUGACUGGCGGUGGAAGCGCGUCUUGCACGCCCCAGUACCGCCACUCGCCGUUCAAGGUCUUGAAGGAGGCCUUCUCUGGGGAAGAGAGCGUUCGCUACCACGCCGGUGUUCGCACACGCAGAGUCAUUCCCGUUGCUCCCACUGCGCAGCUCACAGCACAAGACGGACGCAACGGCGUCGACGUGAAGUACUACAACGACGACACCCCGGAGCCGAUCCUCACCGAGUUCCAGGAGAAGGCCAACGUCUGGAUGCUGGGCGAGUUCAAGGCCGGACUUAAGGUCCCUGGCUCUCGCUUCGAGCUUCUUACCAAGCUGACGCCCCAGACGACUGGCGAACACACUCUCGCGGUGCAGGCCACCGGAGAUUUCUCCCUUGUCGUUGACGGCAAGGAGAUUCUGUCUGGUCCUCAAAAGAAGAUUGCCACGGAGCAGUUCAUCUUCAACCACGUCAAGCUCGAGACGCGCGUGCAGCUGCAGAUGAACGCUGGUCAGGCUUACGAUGUCAAGCUCGUCAACAAGUCCUGGGAUCACCUGGUCAAGGGCGAGCCCACCCCCUACGCGGCAUCAAUCGGCUUCGAGGAGCACCGCUCCGACGAGGCCGCCAUUGCCGAGGCUGUGGAACUCGCCAAGGCCUCGGAUGUGAGCAUCAUCUACGCCGGCCGCAACGAGCAAUACGAGUCGGAAGGUUACGAUCUGGAAGACAUCCGCAUUCCGGAAAACCAAGCGGCGUUGAUCAAGGCCGUCGCUGCCGUAUCAAAGAAGACCGUCCUGGUGCUGCACUGCGGCAACCCCAUCGACAUCAGCGCUGUCGUGGACGACGUUGACGCGGUGCUCAACGCCCACUUCCCCGGCCAGGAGGGCGCGCAGGCGACAGCGGAUAUCCUCACCGGCGCAACAAACCCCAGCGGACGCCUCGCGACGACGUGGUUCAAGUCGCUCGAGGAUGCCCCCACCUAUGGUGAUUUCCCCGCUACCAAGCAGGAGGACGGCACCCACAAGUUCCGCUACGCUGAGGGUAUGGGCAUGGGAUAUCGUCACGCCGAGGCGGCGAAGCGCUCCCGCUUCCCCUUUGGAUACGGCCUUUCAUACACCACCUUCAAGUACUCUGAUCUCACGACUAGUGUGACUGGGGCAGACAAUGACGCGAAGCUCAAGGUUUCUGUCAAGGUGACCAACUCGGGAGACCGCGCCGGAAAGGAGGUCGUACAGCUCUACGUUAACCCGGCAAAGGAGACGCCGACCGGCGUCUGGCGACCGGAGCGCGAGCUCAAGGCCUUCAAGAAGGUUCUGGUGCAACCUGGCGAGUCGGUCGCGGUGGAGCUUGAGGUCGACGCCAAGAUCGCGUGCAGCUACUGGGAUGAGGCGGAGAAGGCUUGGAGGCUGGAACGGGGGACAUAUGGCGUCCGGGUCGGAGAUCUCCAGGCCAUUGAUAUUUGUAGUUUGCGUGCUGCGACAUUGUAUGUUAACCGGAUACCAGUAAUCUGUCAUCAAAUCUUCAAAGUGUCUAGCGCUAAAUGUCUUUCAUCUUCCCUUCCGGCAGGAUAUUGUCUCGAGGCGGACCAACGUGGUGCUGCGUACGCGCCGUGCCGGCUCCCCUCGAUCCUGAUCGAAGUGAUGAUUCUCAGAAUUCUCACUCAGCCAUCCCAACCUGAUGUGGUGGGAUUGGAGCUUGAAUACAUGACCAGCGAUACUGGUGAUCAAGAUAUCACUCGGCCGACGUCUUGCGACCGGUACCCGAACAACUCGGUAUCGGUCCCCCCAUCACCGAGUAAUGAACGACAUCAUCAAUCACCGCAGAGUAAGGUAUUUGAUCCCAUCUUCAGAGCUAUGCGGCCAUGGGAAACCCUACACCACACCACUUCAUCGCCAGAGUCCACGCGCGGCAAGGGGUCAGUGCUUGCUUUGAUAUGUGCACUCAGUGAACGGGACAGAGCAAGAGAUGAUCCUCAAGACCAUCCGGCCCGGAUUUGGGACCUGUAUGCUCGGAGCGGGCGCCAGAUCUACCUGCUCUAUGAUAGCACAGCCCGCUCGCGAUCAUGGAGGCUCUGGUCCGGUCUCAUUCACACAUCAUCACAGCGAAGAAACACCAUCGACGCCGACCUCGAGAAUAGGAGUAUGUGUAUUCCGCACCCACACGUUGGCAGCCACUUCUGGCCCGGAGCUACUAUUAUUCCGGAAAUUUCUGGAGAAUGGAAGGUGCGUCCCGCCUUGGUCUCCUAUACCUUCCUCUGCUGCACCUUCCUCUGCUGCACCUUCCUCUGCUGCACCUUCCUCUGCUGUACCUUCCUCUGCUGCACCUUCCUCUGCUAUACCCUCUUUCCGAUACUGGCUCUUAGCCUGUUUCCCUCCAUCGUAGCCUGUGCGUUGACGCCCCAUCCCACCGCUUUGGGGCCAAUGAUUCGCACGUCCUCGACCACAGAGAAGCUUGAAUGUUGGCGGAGAGUUCGCGCCUGGUAUAUGCCCGUUAAUCUUGUCCUGCAGUUGGUGGCAUCACCUUGGAAGAGGCACGGAUGUUUCCUGGCUUUGGCUGCAGAGACUCGCGUUCUUAAGCAAAUCAAGCAAUCCACGAUUGGCAAAUCUUAUUCCAUCCCAUCAACUUGGAUUUUCGGCUUUACACUAUCGAAACGGAGUUUAGUUGCCUCUCACUUCAUACCAACAGGAAAGCCCACCACCCUCAUCGUCACUUUGGUUUCGUCUCGUCCCGCUCAAGCCUGUCUUAGUCCACCUUUUCUUGGUGUAACCGUUCUCUCAGGGCUGGAUGGGACGCCUCCUCCGGGACCUCCUGACAAUCUUGCGACUUUGAUUGAUAUGCCAAACGAGUCCCACAAUAGUUCACGGCCAGGACCCACGAUCAUAACGCAGCCCUACGGGACUACGGGACUACAGGAACUGGAUCGCAACGCAAACAUCAGUCCGGCUCGCGAGCGGCCACCCCUGUCGGACGAGCACAUGGAUAUGGAAGUGGAAUCGGACAUCAUUGAGGACGGAGGCGCGCCGGGGUUCGCUCCCCAUGGGAAGGCCGUCAUAGCUUGCGCGACCAUUUCGGUCGGACUCGCUGGUCUCAUCGUCGGCCUGCGGUUUUUCGCACGAUUAUAUCCCGCGCGACUGCUAGGAAAGGAGGACUGGUGCAUAUUCAUCGCAUGGGUAUGUCAAGUCUCGAGAUCACGGCCUGAUGUCGAGGUGAAGGGCAGGUGCCAAGGCAACCAAGAUACCAGGCAUCUGGGGUUCCUGGGCAUCGAUAACUUGAACUGGGCUAAUACUCUGGUUAAACAGCUUUUCUCAGCGGCGACUUCUAUUGGCAUGUGCCUUCAGGUCAAGACGGGCAUGGCCGAGGAGUUCUCGACUCUCAGCUGGGCAUACCUCACUAUAAUAUUCUACAACACUGGCCUCGCCUGCGUCAAAGUCUCGAUCCUCCUUCUCUACCUGAGAAUCCUUAGAGACCUCAAUUACCGUAAGGCAUGCUACGUGGUCCUAUUUUUCGUGGUGUGCGUGUCGCUAUGGACGGUCUUAUCCUCGAUAUUCUUCUGCGUGCCCAUUACCAAGAACUGGGACCGUGCCGUCACUGGCGUCUGCUUCAGCCAGGGCAUUGCCUGGUUCGUCAAUGCCGCUCUGAAUAUCCUUACCGACUUUGCGAUUCUUAUCCUGCCAUUACCGAUUCUGCCCAAGAUCAAGCAGUCUCGCCGGCAGAAGAUUGGGCUAUAUCUCAUCUUUGCGCUCGGCUUUUUCAUCUGCGUGGUCUCCAUCCUCCGUAUACCAUCCCUCAUCGUCGCGAAAUACUCUCGCGACCCAACAUUAGACAGCCCAGGCAUAGCAAAAUGGUCCGUCGUAGAAUUAAACACAGCCAUCGUCUGCGCUAGUCUCAUCACUCUCAAACCACUCGCCAUGCGCUUCUUCCCCCGCAUGCUGGGCUCCAACCGCGGCGACGUCGGCCGACAGCGUGGCCCCGGGUCCGAAGAGAUACCCGCGACCGUAGGUUCUAAGGAAGCGCGAAACGGGGGCGUGAAGCAUGGCCACGCGCGGGCGGUGUCUGACGGUAGUACCAUCCAGCUAAACCACGAUACCUUUGGAGGGGAUUCGGCGAUGCAUACGCAGCAUACGGAAAUCUCACGACAUAGUUCUGCGGGGACGUCAGAUCUGGAGCAGGGGAUGAAGGCGUCGGCUGUCGAACUCGAAGGAGAUUUGGCGAUACGAACGGAUAAAGCAUGA